UAAGGAUCUGGAAUUCCCUCAAGUGUUUCUCACUCUCAUAUAUAUUUCAAAAAACACGAUAAAAAAAAAAGAUUCAAGAAAAUAAGUUUUUGAGAAACCAUGCCACCAUAAUUGAGCCUGCAGAACAUUCUGCAUCUACCUGUUUAUGGGAACUUUGGUUUUCUCAGCCACAAAAUAAAUAAAAACAAGGAAACUUGGUCAACUCCAGUUAUUACAAAAAUGAAUCCUCACAGCAGGGAAAAUAUGGUAUAAAUUGUUUUGCAAAAAUCUUUAGUUGACGGGUUCCAUCUCAACAACUAUUUGGUGCAGAUAGCAACUCAAGCCCUCGUAUAUGUUGUGUUUCUUUGACUUCAAGGGACAAUCAAGUGAAGCAAUGCCUCACCAAUUGAACAAACCCCAAAUGAACACAAUAUAUAUUGAGUUUGUCACUACCAAUCACAAACCAUCAGCUCCUUCCUUUCAUUAAAAAAAAAAAAAGAAAAGAAAAUACCAUUCCUAUAACUUUCAAAACAUUCAAAUAUAAAAUGAAACCUGAUUAAUCAUAGCCUUCUGAUUCUCCCCUCUACUCUAUGAUAACAACAAUAAUUUCAACUGAUUCAGUGGAGGCGACCAAAAUUUUCCAUUUCCAUUGAUCGUUGAUAAGUUUGGCAAGAUGGGGUCUGUGGAGAGAUCAAAGAAGAAAGUUCAGUUAUGGAAGAAAGCUAUUGUUCACUUCUCUUUAUGUUUUGUCAUGGGGUUUUUCACAGGCUUUGCUCCAACAGGUAAGGAUUCGAUUUUUUCUAGCCCUGUUGCUACAAAGAAUAAAUUACAGAUUUCGCCGCAACCUGUUCAAACGUUGAACCAAGCAACAACAGCAGUACAUAGCAGUAAUGUUAACAGAAGUUUGAGAGCGGAAACUCCAGCUCCAGUUUCAGCAAAGUCCAAGGAAAUAGACAGUCCAAAACAAUUGGAUUUUCAUCAAGUCGAGUUACCAUCUAGAAGACUCAUAAUUAUUGUUACACCAACAAGCACAAAAGAUAAGUUUCAAGGGGUGUUCUUGAGGAGGCUAGCAAGUACUAUAAGGCUGGUUCCUCAACCAUUGUUAUGGAUUGUCGUGGAAGGGCAAUCAGAUUCGAAUGAGCUAUCCGAAAUACUUAGAAAAACAGGUACCAUGUAUCGGCAUUUGGUGUUGAAGGAGAAUUUUACAGACCCUGAAGCAGAGCUGAAUCAUCAAAGAAAUGUUGCAUUGAAGCACGUUGAGCAUCACAAGCUGAGCGGGAUUGUUCAUUUCGCCGGACUUUCCAAUGUUUAUGAUCUUGAUUUCUUCAAAGAGCUUAGACAAAUUGAGGUGUUUGGGACUUGGCCAAUGGCCUUACUGUCAGCAAACAAGAGGAAAGUUGUGAUUGAAGGACCAGUUUGCGAUUCCUCUCAAGUUAUAGGAUGGCAUCUAAGGAAGAUGAACAACCAGACAGAUGGGGAAACAGAUGCAGCAGAACCAAAACCUCUUAUUCAUAUAUCAAGUUUUGCAUUCAACAGUUCAAUCCUUUGGGACCCUGAGAGAUGGGGUCGCCCUACAUCUGGUCAAGGCACUUCACAGAAUUCACUCAAAUUUGUGAAACAAGUUGUUCUAGAAGAUGAGACCAAGGUAAGGGGUAUCCCACCAGAAGAGUGCUCCAAAAUCAUGCUUUGGCGUCUUCGUUUUCCUAUUGGAGUGGUGCCAACAAAUCUUGUCAAAACAACCUCAUUGUUGGAUGUUAUUACUCAAAGAUAAAAGGAGGAACAAAUAUGAUGCAGAUUGCAGAGAGAAGAUUUCAAUUGGAGCAGAAAGUAUGAUCAUAUUAAGAGCAUAAUUUUCAAAAUUUUCGCAUUUAUCAUGUAAUUUUUUUAAUUGUUACACAUUUUUCAAUUUUUUGUGGUUCUCUGUAAUUAGUGUCAACAACAUUUGGACCAUCUUUUUCUUGCCAGUUGCAAUUCCAAUAUAUAUAAAAAAAAAU